GGAUAGGAACAGAUGCUAGUUUUUUUUAAACUGGAACACAUAGGAGUUCGGUACUAAGUAUUUUAAGCUAGAACACUAUACAAGUACUGAUUGCCUUGUACGUUUGACAUAAGACUCUCAUUUGUUCCUCUCAUACUUUCCCAUCUAAUGGAGGAACUACUUGAGAUAGUUCUAGUUGUUUCGACCAUACUUCUUGGCUUAGCUCUAGUUUACUUAUAUGAAAUCCUAUGGCUGAGGCUUGAGAAGAUAAGGAAGAAGUUAAGGAGGCAAGGCAUAAACGGUCCUAAACCUACGUUUCUCUACGGCAACACCCAGGAGAUGAAGAGAAUCCGACAAGAACUCAAGUUUGUGCAGAGGCAAGACAAAGACAUGAAUGGCUACAUAUCCACCAUCUUCCCUCAUUUCCUUUUCUGGAGGAAGACAUAUGGGCCCGUGUUCCUUUACUCAACAGGAGUGUUGGAGAUAUUGCAUGUUGCUCAGCCAGAAAUGGUGAAAGACAUGGGCCACUGGACUCCAUCAGAGCUCGGGAAGCCACAACAUAUAAUGAAAUCACGGAAACCUCUCUUCGGAUUAGGUAUACUAGCAGCAAAUGGCGACCUUUGGGCCUAUGAGAAGAAGAUCCUGGCACCACAGUUCUUUGUAGAAAAAAUUAAGGGUAUGAUAGGGCUAAUUGUGGAUGCAACCGUUCCACUGUUACAAUCAUGGGAGAAUAUGCUCGAUGGCACAGGAGGUAGUAAGGAGAUCUAUGUUGAUGGAUACCUGAGGAACUUUUCAGCGGAUGUGAUUGCUAGAGCAUGUUUUGGGAGCAAUUUCGUAGAAGGAAAAGACAUAUUUUGCAAGCUCAGGCAGCUCCAAAAGUUGAUUUCUGAACAGGAUACACUUGUUGGGCUGUCUGCAGUGUGGAAAUACUUGCCUACCAAGAGAAACCGGGAGAUACAAAAGCUAGAUCAAGAAGUCCGGUUACUAAUCCUGGAUCUCUCAAGGGAAGACAGGAGCAGAAGCCGCAGCAAUAAUGCCGGCACGCACGUGUCCACAUACGACAACCUUCUGCAUGCCAUUGUCGAUGGUGCAAACCAGAGCCCCAGCUACUGCAGUGCCCCUGAAGAUUUCAUCGUCGACAACUGCAAGAACAUCUACUUUGCUGGGUAUGAAACUACAGCGGUCACUGCCACCUGGUGCCUGAUGCUCCUUGCUGCACACCCAGACUGGCAGGACCGUGCUCGGGCUGAGAUUCGAGAAGUGUGCUGUGGACAGACAGCGAUGGACAUCGACGUCCUUCGUCAGCUGAAAAUACUUACAAUGGUGAUACAAGAGACUCUCCGGCUGUACCCUCCAGCGUCACUGAUCAUGCGUGAGGCCCUGACAGGCAUCAGGCUCGGUGGAGUCGACGUCCCUCGCGGCACCAUCAUCCAAGUAGCCAUUUCAUUGCUGCACCUUGACAUGGAAGCCUGGGGUCCAGACGCUAACGAGUUUCGUCCAGACCGGUUCGCGAACGGAGCUGCCGCGGCGUGCAAGCCAGCCCACAUGUAUAUGCCGUUCGGGUACGGGCCGAGGCUGUGCACCGGGCAGAACCUGGCAAUGGCGGAGCUGAAGGUUGUUCUUGCGCGCCUGCUGAGCAAGUUCUCGUUCUCGGUGUCGCCUGGGUACCAGCACUCCCCGGUGUUUCGGUUGACCAUUGAGCCGGAGUCCGGCAUGCCCCUUGUGGUGACAAGGCUAGCAUGAUCUUCUGUUUGUUUCCAAACGAGCUGCAACGCCCCACCAUCACCACCAAGCAUCGGAUUCGGUAUGUGUGGCUGUGCCUGGUGCUACCACUUCCAUUUAGGCUGUGCGCAACGCAUCCCCCUCCCCUUCCCCCUCCCCUUGCAUGGGGCUGUAGGGGGCACUCCACGGCCGCAGCGGCGCCCCCUACAGCGCCCCCUACGUGCUGGCCCCCUUCUCUCCCCCCCCAGAUCUAGCGUGUCACUGUUCAUCACCCUAAACACUGUACCGUGGGUCCACGAGUAAUUGUUAGUAGAUAAAAAAUUGAUAGUUGAUAUAGAAAAUUAUAUUUUAUAGUUGUAGUGGGGUAUAGGGGAGUAUUUAGGGGAAACCGCUGCGGGAGAUGAAAAAAUAGGGGAAAAAAUAGGGGGGGAAAGUGAUAUAGGGAAAAAAAAUUAGGGGUAACGGUUGCGGAUAGCCUUAGACUCUCUCCAGCAGCGUCCCCUAAAUUUCAUCCCCUAAAGGAAUAUUCUCUGUCAUUUACAGAACACUCUAAAAGAUUCUGUCCUCUAUAUAUUCUCAGUCUCCAACAGCGUCCCCUAAAUUCGGUCCCCUAUAGCUACAGUGUUAACAUAUUCCCUUUUUCCAUUUGUUUUUCAGUUUUCUUUGUUUUCUUCCCAAUUCACGCUACACAAAUGAUGCGUAAAAAAUGUAUUUAUUAUUUUUUAAAUUUUUAAAUUCGAAUUGUCAAUAUUAAUUACCAUUGGUUGUUU